AUGGCAGCGCCACGAGGAGGUGGGAACAAACGCAAGGAUGGCGAUAUGGGCCGUGGCGGAGGGUCGCGCGGUCGUGGUGCUUGGGGACGCGGUGGUCCUCAUAUGAAUUCGCCUUAUUCGCCCAACAUGACGCCGACUGGCAUGCACAGUCCUCGAGGAUCGCCUGCCGGGUUGAACGGCCAUCCAAGUUUCUCGAAUCUUGCACAAGCAGCGAGUUUGCCGCCCUCUUCGAUAGGCAUCGGAAACGGGUCUGCAAUACCGGGGUUGAGUAGCAACAUCGGUGCCAAGAUAUCUGUCUCGCUCACGAAUGGACAACGCUUCGAAGGCACCUUGUCAGAAGCCAGGAUGGACAAUCAGUUCUUGUUGACGGAUGCCAGGGAGCCGAAUGGCAACAGUCGGGCAAAGCUGCAAGUCAUGAGCCACCAAUUGAUGUCUUGGAGUGUUGUUGAGCCCGCCCCUGUCAAGCCCGAUUUAGGUGCCCCCGCAGAGACCGCUACAGACGCCUUCCGUACGGACGGAGACGUAUCCAAGAAUGCGCCUUUCAAGGAACGCGAUCUCGUUGGGCCAGGAGCAUGGGCGAACGAUACCAGUGCCGGCUUGCCCCCUCUGCCUAAUUUCAACGAUGGCCAUGGUUCCGGUGAUGACCUCACAUUUGGAGUUCAGUCAGCGGCUGGAUGGGAUCAGUUUGCGGCGAACGAGAAAUUGUUUGGCGUCCGAGCGAGCAACUUCGAUGAGCAUGAAUAUACGACCCCACUUGAUAGGUCAGGCAGCGACUACAAGAAUCGUGAGAAGCGCGCGCAGAAGAUUGCUGAUGAAAUCCAAAACGGGGCAACGAGCAAUGCUCACAUAGCCGAGGAGAGAGGGUUGAAGCCAGACGAUAGUGGUAUCAACGAAGAAGACAAGUAUUCCGGUGUUGCUCGCAACCCUAAUGUGUAUGUCCCCCCUGCCGCUAGACGAGCUGCAGCGGCGGCUGCGGCUGCGAAUGGGUCACCAUCCGGUACUACCAAGGCCCUCAGCCCUCAACCCGCUCCGGCCACGUUAGCCGCGAAGACAUCAUCGCCUCCACCUGCAACAACUGCAACUGUCUCUACUCCUCCAGCAGUUACUGUCCCUACCCCAAGCCCUCCGGUCGAGAAGUCAAAGCCUGAGGAGGACCACGAGGCUGUGACUCCUGCAUCGAAACCUGCUCCGCAGGAGAAGACAGCACCUGCGCCUGCAGCUGAGAAACGCGAUACAAAGCUGACCCCAGGUACAUCUGCAGCACCUGCGUCUGCUAGUGCCGGGGACAAGCAUGUCAGCGCUGCGGCAAAGGUUCCACAGGUGACUGUGGAGAAUCCACUUGUCCAAGAUUUCCGGAACUUCGUCACCGCUGAGAAGGAACGACUGACCACACAACGGAAGAAUCUAGCCAAGAGUGAGAAGGACAAGAGAAUCGCAGAUCUCAUUCGGUUUAGCACAUCCUUCAAGUUGAAUAAGGAGAUCCCAGAAGACUUGGUCAACAUCAUCACGAAGGACGAGGACAAGAAGAAGCAAAUCCUUGAGAGGUCGAAGCAGGAUGCCAAGGCCACUAGUGCGCGCACCAUUGGCCCAGCGCCUGCUAUGAACGCCUCUGCCUCGACACGUUAUGGUGGCCUCGGUAUAGCCCAAGCCGCAAACGCUGUCAAGUCACCUGCUGCGAAUGCCAUUCCUCCGAGCUCGUCGGCUUCUGCUACUACUUCCGCCAGCUCGAAACCUGUGAAAAUGGCAGACAAGUAUGCAAUCUCCGAGAUUCCACCAUUCAACCCUGGCAAGAGCAAAGCGAUCCCUGCUCCGAAGCACGGCUUAAACAGCGGUGGUCCCACUUCCGGAAAAGCAACGCCAGCAGCUGGAUCGACACCAUCAACAUCACCAUCCAAUGACUUUAAACUCAACAUUAACGCUUCUAGCUUCAGACCUAAUGCUACUGCGCCUUCUUUCAAGCCGGUUAAUGGCGCAUCUCCAUCCCCUGCUCCUGCUCCCAGUGGUAGCCCAGCUCGGCCUCCUCUGUCAAAGAAGUCUCCGGAUGAGCCGGCGCCCUCCCAACCCAAUCCCUUCUUUGGUUCCAACCCCCUCAAGAAGGGCAGCGUGCACAUCAAGGAUGACUUCAGCCCGUUCAAACAUAACAAAGUCGCCGAAGCUUCGAGUACUCCGUCAACUUGGCCCUUCACUGGGAAGAGAUAUGCGGCCCUUCUGCCACCACAGCCCACCCCUCCUCCUCCCCAACAGAUGCCGGCGCCAUUCGAAGACGAGAACCAGCAAGCUCAGAUGGCUCAAGCAGCAUACAUGCAACAGAUGUAUGCGGGUUACCGUUAUGGCGGCUAUGGACCCCCGCAGCCUGGACAGCCUCCUAUGCCAAUGCAGGGACAUCCCAAUGGCUAUAUGCCUCCCCCUCAGUUCAUGGCCAUCUAUGGUCCUAUGCCAGGUGUUCCGGGUGGUGCCCCACCCGCCAUGUACGCGCAUCCUAUGAUGAGCCCUAUGGGUCCGCGUAAGUAG